CCAUUGUAAGGUCUGGUAUCAUAUCUCUACACCGCCAUUCAAGAGCACUUCCAUCCACAACAAUGCCACCACGCCUUCAACCGAUAGACACAAAAGGGCAGUACUCUUGGAUGAAAGUAUAGCCAGUGGACUCUGUGGACCACAAGUGGCGAAGCUGAAAAAUAAAAAGAAAAAGGUCGACUGCGUGCAUGCAACUGUUGCUCAGAGAAAAGAAGGAGGGGUCUUUGCAUCUUGUCAACAUUCCUCCCUCAUCCUUCGAAUCAGCACCGAGAUGGCAGAACUUCAAUACCAACGAUUCCGAAAGGGCAACAUCGUUGAAGAAGUUUGUGUUAAAACUGCUUCUACCAAUGCAACCAAUGACUGCCCGCCAUGCUUUGUGCAUUUGCAAGACAUUCGAGAUGUGUUUCCGGAUGCACUGCGCUUCAAGCUGAAUGAGCAUCCCAUCCCAUUCCUUUCAGAUGCCGAUGGUAACAGAAUCGAGCCCCCGCGUAUUACAUUCUAUCCUGACAAGAUCCUGGACGUCAUUACAGAAGUGCCACAGCCCUGCAACAGCAACAACAACAGCAAUAGCAGCAGCAGUAGCAAUGCUGCCGUCCAUUUGCCGACAUUGAGAGAGUCGAAAAAUCCAGAAUUCCAAAAUCUUCUUUUGUCAUUAUCAAACUUUGUUCAACCUGCCAACUCAUCGCUUACUCUUCAUAACAACGAGAAUUUUAGCUCACAUUUUGAAGAACUUAGGGGGCUGCUGUUGGAGGCCAGAGAGAAAGAUGACAAGAUGCUUACACUACAAGACAACAUACUUGGAAUUCAAGCCAAGAUGUUUGAACUGCAGUUGGAGGUGAAUAGACUGCAGUUGGAGGCCAAGGAGAAGGACGACGAAAUGCUUGAAAUGCAGAAGAAGACUCUUAACCUGCAGCAACAAGCACUCGACAGACUUGCCAUCCUUCAAAAGAAAGCUGAAGCUAUCCUUGUCCAGAACUUUGAGCUGCACGAGUAUCCAAUUCCUCGACUGUUUAUCAUUUUACCUGUCGAUCGUACCAAGUGGGAUCCAAUGAAUAUCCUGAGGAACAAGAUCCAUCUUCAUUUCUUAUGCGAACAUGGGGAUUACACCGCAAAGGCAGAUAAGAGCUUUCAGGAUCAACUCCAUCUUGCCAGACACGAAGGAUAUGAGAUCCGAAGCAGCACAGAGUUCUUUCAAAAGUAUGGAAAGUACAUGAUCAUCCUUUUGCAAUGGUUGAAGUUGGGAAUGGGAACACCUUCAGGUGCUUCUCUGACACCAGUCCCAAAUCUUCUCGCUGCCGGCAUUGCUUACUCCAUUAAGUAUAUGGAGCAGCUCUCUAAAGAAAACCCGGCUCUGAAGAACAUCAACACAAUCGAUGACUUUGAGGUACUUGAAGGAGCAGAUCUUCGUCAACUGAGCAAACUCCUUCAAACCAAAGAUGAAGACAAGCAGUUUGGCAAUUUGUACAGGAUUACGACGGAAACAGGCCAUAUCAGAUGGGUUUGUGUCGACCAUUACCGCUCGACAUAUAGGGAGAGUGAACAAAAAGCGCUUGAAAAUGUAGUGGAGGUGAACGGUGGCAAGUAUGACUCGCACCUUGGCAAAGUCAUUAUCAAAUUGAGAUCCAGAACCACAGCAGGAGAAUUCUACAAUGCUCUGACCAAUGCAAAACAUGUGUACGAGAUGGAUAUCACAUUAUUCUGGGAUUGGACCCAGACAGACCUUGAAGCAUUAGAGAAAGCUCUAAGAGUAUCGAAUGUAUCGGUUCUUCGACUUGAUCUUUGGAGGUCUCAAGAAAGUACUACAAGGAAACUACUUUCAGCAUCCACACGAUAUGAGAUGCUUGUUCGCAUCAUAUCACUUCGCAGAAUGAAGUCAAUCUGUAUUGUACUAUCUUCGGAUCUGAUUAAGUUUUCGAAUUUACCAAGAGGAAAACCGCCACAUCUUCAUGAGUUAUCCUUUGAGAUAAAGCUUCGGAAGAUCGGAACUAGCGAUUUCCGAAUAUUUGUAGAUUCACUCAAGACCGAUGUGGCCUUGACUACUUUGGACUUAUGUGGCAACUCAAUUGGAAUAGACGGAGUUCUGGCACUCUCAGAGGCACUCAAGACAAACAAGACUUUGACAAACUUGGACUUGGGAAGGAAUAUUUUUGGGAAGGAAGAAGCUCUGGCACUCUCGGAGGCACUCAAGACAAACAAGGCUUUGACAAACUUGGACUUGUACGACAACGCAAUUGGGGAUCAAGGAGUUAUGGCACUCUCAGAGGCACUCAAGACAAACAAGGCUUUGACAGCUUUGAACUUGAAAAGUAAUUUUAUUGGGAAUGAAGGAGCUCAGGCACUAUCAGAGGCACUCAAGACAAACAAAGCUUUGACAAACUUGAACUUGUCCCACAACUCAAUUGAGAAAGAAGGAGCUCUGGCACUCUCGGAAGCACUCAAGACAAACAAAGCUUUGACAAACUUGGACUUGUACGACAACUCAAUUGAAAAAGAAGGAGCUCUGGCACUCUCGGAAGCACUCAAGACAAACAAAGCUUUGACAAACUUGGAUUUUAGAUGGAACUCAAUUGGGAAGGAAGGAGCUCUGGCACUCUCGGAAGCACUCAAGACAAGCAAAGCUUUGAAAAACUUGGGCUUGCGCGGCAACUCAAUUGGGAAUGAAGGAGCUCAGGCACUAUCAGAGGCACUCAAGACAAACAAGAUUCUGACAACUUUGGACUUGAGAAACAACUCAAUUGAGAAAGAAGGAGCUCAGGCACUCUCAGAGGCACUCAAGACAAACAAGGCUUUGACAAACUUGGAUUUUGGAUGGAACUCAAUUGGGAAUGAAGGAGCUCAGGCACUAUCAGAGGCACUCAAGACAAACAAAGGUUUGACAAACUUGAACUUGUCCUACAACUCAAUUGGGAAGGAAGGAGCUCUGGCACUCUCGGAAGCACUCAAGACAAACAAAGCUUUGACAAACUUGGACUUGUACGACAACUCAAUUGGGAAUGAAGGAGCUCUGGCACUCUCGGAAGCACUCAAGACAAACAAAGCUUUGACAAACUUGGACUUGUCCUGCAACUCAAUUGAAAAAGAAGGAGCUCUGGCACUCUCGGAAGCACUCAAGACAAACAAAGCUUUGAAAUACUUGGGCUUGAGCGGCAACUCAAUUGGGAAGGAAGGAGCUCUGGCACUAUCAGAGGCACUCAAGCCAAACAAAGCUUUGACAAACUUGGACUUGUCCCACAACUCAAUUGAGAAAGAAGGAGCUCUGGCACUCUCGGAAGCACUCAAGACAAACAAAGCUUUGACAAACUUGGACUUGUACGACAACUCAAUUGGGAAUGAAGGAGCUCUGGCACUCUCGGAAGCACUCAAGACAAACAAAGCUUUGACAAACUUGGACUUGUACGACAACUCAAUUGGGAAUGAAGGAGCUCUGGCACUCUCGGAAGCACUCAAGACAAACAAAGCUUUGAAAUACUUGGGCUUGAGCGGCAACUCAAUUGGGAAUGAAGGAGCUCUCGCACUCUCAGAGGUGCGCAAGACAAAUAAAAAUUUAUUUUUGGGCUUGUAAUAUUGAAGUGAAAAGUGGCUCUAUUUGAGAUACUCAACCCAAGUAUAUACAAAUAUGGCAUUGCUCGGAUUACAUGGGGUUUUGCACUACUAAUAGGAAAU